UGAGAGUGGUGGUAGACAGAGUAAUAAAGCACCCGUCCAGGAUGCAGCUAAUCCCAGAAUAACUCUUCUUGGUGAAACCACUGCGGUGUAGUGAAGAGGUGCAGCUAUUGCAUAAUAUCUGUAAAAGAAAAUUUUCAGUUAAUUCUCUUUGGUUUAUACUUGAUUACCUGUCACCAUUAAGUCCAGUCACUGUCCACAGAGCAACAGGGUGCAAAAAUAAAACGCAAAUCAAGAUGUCUUCCAUCAGUGACAACCUGUUUUAUACUCGAGAUAUAGGACGAUUGACAUUAGAUCAACGUUUAUUUUAUGAGAAAAAUGGAUACAUAGUAAUUCCUCAACUAGUCUUCCCGGAAAUAUUAAGGAAAUGCAGUCAGAGAUUUGACGAUAUUGCUUCUGGUAGAGUGGAUAAAGGGCACAUAACUGUAAUGAAAGAUAUUACUGAUAAGAAAUCCGUAAAUAAAGUUCAAGACCUCAAUUUCGACCAAGUAUUUCGCCAAUACAUUGAAUAUAAGAAAAUUUUAGAUAUUGUCGAAACUUUUACUGGACCUAACAUUAUUGCUGCUCACACAAUGUUAAUUGCUAAACCUCCUGAUGCAGGUUCCAGAAGUAGUAGACAUCCACCUCAUCAAGAUUUGUAUUAUUUUCCUUUUCGACCAGCAAAUCGAAUAGUUGCUGCUUGGACAGCAAUUGAACGGUGUGAUACUGAAAAUGGAUGUCUUUUCGUUUCACCUGGAUCACAUACUAUUAAUAAAUUGCUUCCUCAUACUUAUCCUCGAGAUUCAGAUGCAAAUAAUAAAUUUUACCAUGGAAUUCAAGAACUCCCCGAUUCAACCAAAUGGAUUGAUUUAGAAAUGGAACCGGGAGAUACGGCAUUUUUUCAUCCUCUAUUAAUUCACGGCUCCGGAGUUAAUAGAUCGAAUCGUACAAGAAAAGCUAUAUCUUGUCAUUAUGCAGCUGCAGAGUGUCAUUACAUUGAUGUUACCGGAACAGUGCAAGAAGAUCUUAAAAACGAAAUCCUUGAAAUGGUUAGCAAGAAAUAUCCAGGACUAGAUGUUGAUUAUACAACAAUCUGGCGUUUUAAGUCUUCCAUUGUUCGGGGAAUCCGAUCAAUUUUGUAAAUUUACUUUUAUUCCAUUGAUAUUAAUUAUUAAUAUAAUGACAGUCUCAACUUCAUUUAUUCGUAGUAACAAAAAUGAAGUUUUAUAAAAAUUUGUAUCAUGCGAAAAUGUAACAAUACAAAAAUUAAAGUAAAAAAAAUUUACAAU